AUGACAGAUAGAAAGGCUCAGGCCCCUGACUCGAGCCAUAUGGAGAAUAUGCCCGCCGAUGAGCGCGGGUACUCCGUGGACAUGAAAUCGUCAGCUCCGGUAGAAGACGUGAACAAUCCACAGAACUGGCCUCAAACACCAAGACUUAUCACCUACCUAACUAUUUGCUUCUUUACGUUCUUAGCCAAUGUGAAUUCGAGUAAUUUCACCGUCGCCACACAAGCUAUAAUUAAGGAGUUUCAUGUCACACAAACUCAGGCGGGACAGCUGGUGUGUUUCAAUGUUUUUCUAUUCGGUGUUGGGAAUAUAUUCUGGGUUCCACUUAUGCGAGUGAUCGGAAAACGCCCUGUCUACUUGAUAGCGAUGGUGCUGCUCUGCAUGAUGAACGUCUGGUCUAGUCAGUGUACUAGCUACAGAGAGCUGCUUGCUUCUCGCAUUUUAUCGGGAUUCGCAGCCGCCGCAGCAGAUGCCACUGUCCCUGCUGUUGUAGCUGAUAUGGUCGCGGCCAAGGAUCGAGGCCACUACAUGAUGUUCUUCCAUCUUGCGAUGACAGCGGGUCUAUUUGUUGGUCCUUUGAUCAAUGCCUAUCUUGUGCAAGAGCAGAAUUGGCGUUGGAUGUGUUAUUUCCUUGCGAUUGCUGUCGGGAUACUUUGGGUGGUGGCUAUUUUCACCAUUCGCGAAACAUCUUACAUCAAGCGUUCUAACGACGGGGCCAAGCGAUCACAAUGGCAGUGGAUGUCUUUGACACUUGGAUUCAACCGCGAUGCUUCCUUUUUGCAAGCACUAUUGGAUAUAUUGGCCAAUGCUGCCUAUCCACCACUUAUAUGGUGUUCAUUGACCAUUGGUAUUUCGGUCGGAUGGAAUAUUGUGGUUCAGUUGACUUCUUCUCGCACUUUCCUACAGCCUCCGUACAACUGGGAGCUUGGUGACCUCGGACUUCUAUCUCUGUCUGGAUUUAUUGGAUGCCUUCUCGCUUUCUACCUAGGUGGUCGAUUGAUCGAUAUUAUCUCUAAUCGCAGUACAAUCAAGCACGGGGGAGUUCGUAUGCCAGAGUAUCGUCUACCGGCUAUUAUAAUUCCUGGAACUGUUGGACCCGCCGGUAUCUUAAUUUUUGGAUUGUGUGUCGCGCACAAGACCCAUUGGAUUGGACCUGCGGUUGGAUACGCCAUGCAGGCAUUUGGCGUCGCAGCUAUCUCGAAUGUUGCAGUGACAUACUCAUUGGACUCUUAUAAGCCGGUAACGGGUGAGGCAUUGGUGAUUAUAUUUGUGAUUCGUAAUACGAUAGGCAUGCUUUUAUCACUAUAUGCAGCAGAUUGGAUUGAACGACAAGGACCAGCCCCAGUUUUUGGAGAAAUGACAGCCAUACAGGUUGUAAGUAUUCUUUUUGCUAUCCCUCUAUACUUUUGGGGCUCUUCAUUGCGAAGUUUCACUUCACGCUAUGGUCCGAUGAAGCGAUUUCAGGAUGCUUAA